CGACAUAAUCUUGUGGCUCGUGAGUUAUCAUUUUGGACUUUUGAGAGUCGGUUGUUAAGGGAGCAAUUGGCCAAUCCGCAAAAACCGUUAACUUUAGUUAAUUUUUCUUCUCAUCAUCUUCGUCUACACACUAAUAUUAUAUACAUACUCAUAUAUACAUAUACUCUGUGUAUAUAUCGUGAGUCUACGGGUUUAAACGAAUUACGAACCAAGCACCAGCACCAGCGAUUCCGUUCCGUACCGGGUACAUUUGUCAUCUACGUGCGCGGUGAACCACUCCCGAUAUAAUAAUUUCUUUGUGGCAUUGAUAAGACAAAAGUUAACUAAAUAAAUAAAUAAAUAUAACCAUGGCGGUAAAUGUUUAUGCGACUAAUGUGACAACAGACAACCUCAGUAGACAUGAUAUGCUUGCAUGGGUCAACGAUUGUCUCCAAUCAUCAUUCACGAAAAUUGAAGAACUAUGUACGGGUGCAGUUUACUGUCAGUUCAUGGAUAUGCUUUUCCCCGGCUGUGUACCACUCAAACGAGUCAAAUUCCGCACAAACUUAGAGCACGAGUACAUACAGAAUUUCAAAAUUCUACAGGGAGCCUUUAAAAAAAUGAAUGUCGACAAGAUCGUACCUAUCGAUAGGCUGAUCAAAGGUCGUUUCCAAGACAACUUUGAGUUCUUGCAGUGGUUCAAGAAAUUCUUUGACGCAAACUACUCCGGAAACGAAGCUUAUGAUGCACUCGCGAUGCGGGGAGGUGAACCCAUGGGUAGCGGCGGAAGUAACGUACCACGGGGUUCAGGCAUGAUGAAACGGCCUUCACCACGCGAUCCACCUCCAUCUAAACCUAUUACGCGUACCGGUGAUAUUCCCGUAUCAACAAUUUCUUCAGCUGCAGUGAAGAACACAACAAAGCCUAUUAACAAAAUUCAACCCACUCGUCAACCAAUAAAACAAACCAUCAGCACUCGUGGAGAUAAUGGUAAAAUGGAUGAACUCACUUCUCAGGUUUCUGAGCUCAAAGUAACGAUUGAUGGGCUAGAGAAGGAACGAGAUUUUUACUUUGGUAAAUUGCGAGAUAUCGAAUUAAUGUGUCAAGAGACUGAAGAUGACCAGCCACCAAUCGUACAAAAAAUAUUGGAUGUUCUUUAUGCUACAGAGGAGAAUGGAAAUAGUCACGAAGACAUCGCAGAAAAUUAUUAAUCAUCCUUGUCAGUUAUCUUUCAUUUCGCAAAUUAAAGGAUGGUUUUGCACCACCAGAAGAAUUGGAAGGUGAUGGUCUUGCUCCAGAUGACGAGGAAUAUUAACCAAAUUUAAAUUAUCAUCAUCAUCAUCAAUUUAAUCAAUCAUUAAGACAGCAGUGAAUUUUAAUAGCGUUACCGCACGCUAUCAUUCGUGAGCCAGUAAAAAAAAAAAAGAAAAAAAUAUCUAUUACCUUUCACGCAUAAUUAAUAAUAAAUAUUAAUCUAUCA